AUGUCCGUAGUUCGUUCAUCCGUCCAUGCCAAAUGGGUCGUGGGUAAGGUGAUUGGGACAGCCAUGCAAAAAACUGCUAAAGUGAGAGUGACCAGACUUGUUCUGGAUCCCUAUUUAUUAAAGUAUUUUAAUAAGCGAAAAACCUACUUUGCCCAUGAUGCUCUCCAGCAGUGCACCGUUGGGGAUAUUGUGCUUCUCAAAGCGCUCCCUGUCCCGAGAACAAAGCACGUGAAGCACGAACUGGCUGAGAUCGUUUUCAAAGUUGGACAAGUCGUAGAUCCAGUGACCGGAAAGCGCUGUGCAGGAACCGCCUACCUGGAGAGCCCAGUUGAUCUGGAGACCACGCCCCUAGCCAAAAACCUGGAAGAACUCAAUCUCUCCACAACACAGUGA